GGACGGAGUCCUGCCGCAUGACCACGCCCUUGACAAGACGUAGCAGUUUGUUGACCUGCCAAAGCCCACUACACUCCAUCCAGAGUAUCGACAGAUAACAACGAUGGCCACGGCAAAGAAGGUCCGUCUUUCAGUCGCGGAUUCGGGUGUCUUCUCGCACGGGAUCAGAGAGGACACCGCUCGGACGGCGAGUGACCUUCUCCAGGAGGACAUGGAAAAGCACCAUGUGUUCUUCAAUGACUCGGGAUUUCAUAAUCACAUUCCCCACCUUAUCCUAAGUAUGUAUGCUCUCGGAGCUUCGCCGGACGAGAUAAAAGCCGCCUAUGCGAGUAACAAAAGCUACCAGCGCCCAGCACUUCCGGUAGACAACGCGGUGGUUCGAUCUCUACACGAUAAGGAACACUUCGGGAAGUGUCUUGGAAGAGAGAAACACUAUAGUAAUUUCCUCGCAUUCUUCCAGCAGGAGAUUGAUGAGAAAGGCGUGGAAAAGGUUCUUAAUGAGCAUCUCUUCUCCGGGGAUGAGAUCGCAGAGGAUAUGCUGGAGAGGAUGUUUGGGGGCCUUAUUCACCCAUUCAUACACUCCGGCUUUGGAAUUGAGUUCAAUCAACCCGCCAUCGUUGCUGAAGGUCUCGCGCAGACGGCUGUCCAUGAGAAUUGGAUAGGUCCGUUGUUCUUCCGGCCGGUUGAGAAGGCAGCGGGGGGUAUAGGUAACCCAGGGAAGAAGUCAAUGCUGCAGAUUCUGGAGGAGAUCCGUGCGGAUAAAAAAUUGACGGGCUCGUCGCGUUGGGACGAUAGCACUAGGAUGAAGAACGGAGUGCUUAAGAGAGCGCCCGAUGAGAUGAUGAAAUACGCAGCGGAAUUUACCGUAUCUGCUGAUCAGGUGCAGGAGAAAAUUGCCGAGAUCAUCAAUACAGUGGCAUACUAUACCAGUGCUGCUCAACGCCCGGACAAGCAGAUCAAGUUCGAUUUCUUCUUCAUCCAUGGUGUCAACUCGUCUAUCUUUCUCUCGAAGAUCGCCUCGCUCCCGUUUGUAGAGGAGCAUGUCAAGUUGCGACUCCUGGAAUGGACAGGCCGGGUAGAUCUGAUGCUCUACGUGGCCUACGGUGCGCCGAAUCUCCAUCUCGAUGAGAUCACCAGUUAUACGGCGUCGAGGAGCUGGGAGUCGAUCUUCGCAUACAGCACCGCUCAAUCGGGAGACGAUGGACACCUGCCCAAGCUGGUGCGCGCGUUGAAGAAUGGCGAGAGGGUGUGCCGGCCGUUCGAGGCUCAGGCCCAAGAGCGUGGGCUAAAGAUCACGGGUGAUAUGUGGCUUAAAAUUGCAAAUAUGGUGAUGGAUUCGACGCGGGAUCAGCAUGCCUUGUGGGUCAGAGGCGCGGGCUUUGACGAAGCUUGGAAUGAGUUUGGCGGACGAUCUCGGCUUUGAACAUUGACAAUUUGUUUUCGAUGAACGAUGGACGAUGUAUAGUGACUUGGAGGAGGUCCAAAUUGUAUAGUCUGCCUGUACUGUAUGUGUAUGUAAUCCCAGUUUGGUGGGGAUCACGUGGUGAUUGGGAAGGGCGAGUGGGGCGAUCCCCAACAUCGCCGCGGGAGCUCUCAUAAUCAUCU